AUGAUUUAUGUUUUAGGUUUGGGCGGUUUGGGUGGCUUAGGCUUGGGAGGCCUUGGCUGGGGCGCGCCCAUCGUCAGCGCACCCAUCAUCAGCGCGCCAUACCUGGCUCCCGCCGUCUCCACCGCCAACCUCGUCAAGGCAGCGCCCAUCCCCAUCGUCAAGACCGUCUCCGCUCCCAUCAUCACCAGCCCCGUCAUCAGCACCGUAGGCCUCGGCGGUUGGGGCGGCGUAGGCCUCGGCGGUCUUGGCUGGGGCGGACUCGGCGGCAAAGGCGUGUGGUCCGGUGUCCCCGUCAACACCUGGGGGGGCUACGGUCUCGGCGGCAAGGGUCUCGGCUGGCAUUAAAUGAUGACGAAGUGUUCCUUUCUAUCUUUCUUCGCCGCCACACUUCAAUAAAGCAUUCACUCUA